CUAUUCAACGCUUUUGGAUGUUUUGAUGAAGUGAGGAAAGCGAUUUGGAAAAAUCAUAACACAAGUAGUGAUGGCAAUAAUCAUACAAUGAUGGUAGAAUCUGAUGAAGAGAUGGAACAUCACGGAUUAGCAGCUAAUGAUUUUAAUGCUAGACAAAGUCCUGGUGAUGAGGAUAUGACAUCUAUGCAGGAGAAUCACGAAUUGGCACAUGAUGGAAUGACUGAUGAGGAGUUUGCUCAGUUGCUACAACGACAAGAAUAUGAGGCAUCACUCAGAAAUUUGUCAUCCUCGACUGCUGCUAGUAGAAACACAUCAACACGUACUGGAGGAACAAUGGUUGACUUGGGAGGAAAUUCUCCAGUUGUUACUUCAUUGAGAGAUGAGCAGGAUGAAGCUUAUAAUCGAUCUCUCAGAUUGGACCAAGAAAGACAACGACAAGAGGAAUUGGAAAGACAACGACAACGUGAAGAGGAAAGACAAAGACAAAGAGAGGAGGAGGAAAGACAACGAAGAGAGGAAGAAAAAUUAAGAUUAAGAAGACAAAAAGCAUCCAAUUUGAAACAAGAACCAGGUGAAACUGAAUCAUCUAUUGCUAAAGUUUUAAUAAGAUUACCUGAUUCAACAAGAUUAACGAGAAGAUUUAGAUAUUCUGAUACCAUUGGUGAUAUUUUUGAUUAUUUAGAAGUCACUAAGGAUAUGGAUAUGGAAAAUUAUGUAAUUGUGACAACUUUCCCUGCCAGAAGAUUUUCAAUUGAGGAACAUGCUAGUAUGACACUGACUCUAGCAAACUUGGCUGAAAAGCAAAUCACUUUAAAUAUUGCAGAAAAAUAAUUGUAAAUAUGUAUGAUAUUAUUAUUGUAAAUUUAGAUAUAAAACCAUUUAGAUUAUUGUGUUU